AUGAAGGCUUCAAAUUUCCCGGCUAUUCUUUUAAAAAUCGGUUCAUGGGAGUAUAAAUCAAAAUUUGAGGGUGACUUAGUGGCAAAGUGUUACUAUGCCACGGAGAAGCUUGUAUGGGAAGUUCUUGAAGGCAAUUUGAAAAGGAAAAUAGAAAUUCCGUGGUCAAAUAUAACCGCACUUCAAGCAAAUUGUCCCGAGGAAGGACCUAGCACAUUGACUUUAGUUGUUGUUGGACAACCUCGCUUCUUUAGGGAGGCUGAUCCUCUAUCUAGAAAGAGCACACGAUGGAAAAAAAUGAAAGAUUUUACCGGUGAGCAGGAUAGCAUACACAGGAUGCAUUUUUUGCAAUGUGAACAAGGACUGUUGGCCAAACAUUUUGCAAAACUCAUCCAGUUAAUAAAACCAGAUAAUUGUUCGAGCAGUUCACAUCUUAAACUAUUAAGCAGACAGCCAGAGAUAAUAUUGGAUUCACCUUAUUUUGGUACACGAUUCGCUGCUUUUGAGAAACCUGACAAUGGCAAAGGAUCAGCAACUACUCGUUUUCAGAACACGGGAUCUCCUCAUUCGUCCCCGUCACCUUCAUUUACGAUUGAGCACAACGAUCCGUCUGCCAUUACUUUAGAUAGCGUUCCCUGCAAAGCGCCUUCCUCCAGUCCAGAAAGAAUAUAUUGUUCUGGAGCUGAUUCGAGGGGCCCAAGUAACUUGGAUCAAAUAAAACAGCCCGAAGAAAUAAUGGACUCAGAGAAUCCAUCCUUUUAUGUUGAAAUGGAUGUCCGAAUAUUGCUGGAUGAUGUUGAACAUGAUCUUCUUAGUGACGACAUUGUUGUUACAAUAGCUUCCAAUGACAGUUCACUAAUUUCAAAGGUCAAAUCUUUUGGCAAUGUUCUAGAUUUGGAUGUUGUAGAAGUGCUGAAUCCACCCGACAUAGGACAUGAAGAAAAUAUUGAACUUGGUGAUGAUCUUGAGUCAAAUGAGGGUAACGAAAUCAAAAUGGAUAUCGAGGCUGCUGCUGAAGAGGACUCAAGAGAUGUUUAUGGUGGCAAUCCGACAUCAGGCAUGUCCAGGCACGACUCCUAUCUAGACGUGGUUAAUCAUCUUCGUAAAAUUGCAUCUCUUCCUAAAAUUCCAUCUCUUCCUAAAAUUGCAUCUUUUUCUCUAAUUGCACCUCUUUCAUCCCCAUAUGAUUAUGAAUUCAGAAUGUUCGAGUAGCAUGGAAAGUUUAAUUUUUAUCAUGGGAUUUAUUUUUCAUUGAGUCUCAUUAAUAGA